UGGAUAAACCCUGCGCAGUGAGCUGCUUGCUUCCAAACUAGUUACAGAACGAACAUGUGUCGUGCAAAGUGUCUCAUACUUCUCGCAGCCGUCGCCAACUGCAUCUUCGCGUUUCCAAUCGAGCCGGAACUAACUCCAGCCCCAACACCGUACCCGACGCAUCCAAUGGACGACCCCGAGUGGGAACCACCGCAGGGACCCUACCACGAACUGGAUCAGAAGUUUUGGAUCAACUCCGGUCAACGGCUGGUCGCUGACCAGCUAUCCAAGAAUCACCCGAACCUCAACCUGGCGAAAAACGUGAUCAUCUUCAUAGCGGAUGGCAUGUCCAUUACCACCCAAUCGGCAACCCGAGUCUACAUGGGCGGUGAACAGCUGUCGCUAUCCUUCGAAGAGUUUCCGUACGCGGGUUUGGCCAAGACAUACUGCAUCAACUACCAGGUUUCGGACUCGGGUUGCACGGCUGCGGCCAUUCUUACCGGAGUGAAGAACAACUACGGCACGAUAGCAGUGAGUGGACACGUUCCGCUGAUGAACUGCGAGCGAAGUUUGGAGGAGGAGAACCGGUUGACGUCGAUUCUGAAGUACGCCCAGCUGAGCUGCCGUUCGACGGGGAUCGUGACCAAUACGAGGAUUACGCACGCUACGCCGGCUGUUGGGUAUGCCGUGUCCGGGGCACGGUACUGGGAAGAUGAUGAAGAUGUCCCGGGGGAGUGCGUGGAUAUCGCUAGGCAGUUGGUUUACGGAGAUGUGGGGAGGAACUUGACCGUUGCUUUGGGAGGAGGGUCGAGGCAUUUCUUCCCGGCGGGAGUACCGAUUGAGGAGCAUGGGUCGGUUGGGAGAAGACGUGAUGGGCGGUACUUGGUGAGUGAGUGGCUGCAACUAGCUGAUCGGCAGGGAGACCGAGCUGCGUAUGUCAGCGAUAGGCGGGAGCUGGCUAAUGUAGACGUUGGCAAAGUUGAUCGAUUGCUCGGGCUGUUUGCUGGAAAUCACAUGAGUUAUCGACUGGAACACGCGCCCGACGAACCAACGCUGGAAGAGAUGACUGCCAAAGCGCUGGAGUUGCUGUCCAAAAAUGACAAAGGUUACGUGUUGCUCGUUGAAGGUGGCCGGAUUGACCACGCCCAUCACGAUAAUUUGGCUCGAUUGGCCUUGGACGAAACGGUUGAGUUCCACCGGGCGGUUCAGCACGCAGCUCGCCUUACCAGCGAGGAUGACACGCUGAUUGUGGUGACGGCCGAUCAUUCCCACACCCUCACCAUGGGCGGGUAUCCUGUGCGGGGGAACAACAUCCUAGCGACUGGGGAUUUUUCCCGUUUGGACCGAAUGCCGUUCUUCACCCUAACCUAUGCCAACGGACCGAGCUAUUUCGACCACUUCUCGCAGACAACCGCCGGACGGGAAAAUCCCCUCUUCAUGGAUUCCCACAAUCCGGCUUUCACUUUUCCGGCGGCGGUUCCCUACGAGGACGAGACGCACGGCGGCGAUGACGUGGCCGUUUUUGCCCGAGGUCCGUACUCGCAUCUCUUCAGCGGGCUCUACGAACAGCAUCUGAUAGCACAUCUCAUCUGGUACGCGUCCUGUUUGGGCCCGGACGGAAGCCACCAAGCGGCGGCCUGUUCGCGGGGAGUGGAAGGAGCUGCUGCCACGAUUGAAAUUCCUUGUUUUGCUUGGGUGGCUGGUCUGGUGGCGGCGGUGGUGGUAAUUGCCCUUUCCAAUCAGCUGACAAUUUAAUCGAGUUAAUAAAAAUUCUUUUCCGAACGAAAAAUUCCAUCGUCGUCGUCGGGGGCCAUCAAUCUUCGUGUGCGGUUGUUUGACAGGGAACCUGUUGCGUAUUUACUUGCUUUCGUCGUCCGGCUUUAGAGACAAGACUAUUUGCUGCUGAGGCGAAGACUUUGUAGCUUUGCGGCUAAUAUCCGCCCACUUGCACUCAAUCACGUUUAGGCGAAGAAGUUUUCCGAAGUGCUCUCGGUUCAAUGGAGUCAGUCUGAUUUAUUACCGGAAAAUUAGAAAAUUCUUCGAAUCGAUGACAUAUUGCCGUUACUAGCACAAUGUGGUCAGUUCUGUACACUGAUGGAU